AUUAAUCGCACCCUUUAUCAUUCAAGUUGGGCGCUGCACCGAUACCGGUCGACGUCGUCGUUUUCUACUUCUAUCCGUUCUAUUGUUGCAUCGUUGUGUAAUCAUCAUCUGUGCGGUCGAAAUUUUCACAAAUCCUUCGCGUCGCGUUACGCCUCAACAGGUUCUGCUUCUGGUUUUGCUGACCAAGGACCACUGUUGCUUACCGGAAUCAACGGAACCAGUGGAUGAUGGUCUGGGUGUCCGAUUACGACUGUGACCCAAAGGGUCGCAAGAUGAAUCCCGAAUCGGUUUCCCACCUGGAGCACAUGUGCUCGCUGGACAUUGACUCGCAGACGGCAUUCGUGCGUCUGUCCGGCAUCAUCUGUACCAUCGGACCGGCCUCCGUUGCACCGGAGAUGCUGGAGAAGAUGAUGGCCACCGGGAUGAACAUUGCCCGGUUGAACUUCUCGCACGGUUCGCACGAAUACCACGCCAACACGAUCAAGAACAUCCGCGAGGCCGUCGAUAACUACUCGAAGAAGCAGGGCAAGCCGUUCCCGCUGGCCAUCGCUCUGGACACCAAGGGUCCGGAAAUCCGUACUGGGCUGAUCGAGGGCAGCGGCACCGGCGAGGUUGAGCUGAAGAAGGGCGAACAGAUCCAGCUGACGACCGACAAGGAUCAUCUGGAGAAGGGAAGCAAGGACAAGAUCUUCGUCGACUACGUUAACAUCGUCAAGGUCGUCAAGAAGGGCGAUAGGGUGUUCGUCGACGAUGGUCUGAUCUCGCUGGUGGUUGACAGUAUUAGCGGAGACACUCUGACCUGUACGGUUGAGAACGGUGGUUUGCUGGGAUCGCGCAAGGGCGUCAACCUGCCCGGAGUCCCAGUUGAUCUGCCGGCCGUCUCCGAAAAGGACAAGUCCGAUCUGCAGUUCGGCGUUGAACAGGGUGUUGAUGUGAUCUUCGCUUCGUUCAUCCGUAAUGCCGCGGCUCUGAAGGAAAUCCGUACGAUUCUCGGAGAAAAGGGUAAGAACAUCAAGAUCAUCUCGAAGAUCGAGAACCAGCAGGGUAUGCAGAACUUGGAUGCCAUCAUCGCUGCCUCGGACGGUAUUAUGGUUGCCCGUGGUGAUCUGGGUAUCGAAAUCCCAGCGGAGAAGGUCUUCCUGGCCCAGAAGUCGAUGAUCGCUCGGUGCAACCGUGCCGGCAAGCCCGUCAUCUGCGCCACCCAAAUGUUGGAGUCCAUGAUCAAGAAGCCACGCCCAACCCGCGCCGAAAUUUCCGAUGUUGCCAACGCCAUCAUUGACGGUGCUGACUGCGUAAUGCUGUCCGGUGAAACUGCCAAGGGCGAGUACCCAUUGGAGUGUGUGCUGACCAUGGCCAAGACCUGCAAGGAAGCCGAAGCUGCCCUAUGGCAUCGCAACCUGUUCAACGAUCUGGUCAACACGACCCCCACUCCACUGGACACGGCCAGCUCGAUUGCGAUCGCUGCCUCGGAAGCGGCUGCCAAGAGCCGCGCUGCUGCCGUCAUUGUCAUUACGACCUCGGGCCGUUCGGCUCAUCUCAUCUCCAAGUACCGGCCACGCUGCCCGAUCAUUGCCGUUACUCGGUUUGCGCAAACCGCUCGCCAGUGCCAUCUGUACCGAGGCAUCCUGCCCGUGAUCUAUGAACAACAAGCCCUGGAAGACUGGCUGAAGGAUGUCGAUGCUCGCGUCCAGUACGGCAUGGAUUUCGGAAAGGAACGCGGCUUCCUGAAGCCGGGCAAUCCAGUGGUCGUCGUCACCGGCUGGAAGCAGGGCUCCGGCUUCACCAACACCAUUCGCAUUGUGAAUGUCGAAUAAAUUGGUAGGGGACUGCGCCCAGCCAAAAAUCUUCAUCUCUAAAUAUCAACAACCUUGUUGAACAUAUUAAAACAAAACAACAAAAUAGUCAUUAAACACCCUCACACAUAUACAGGCAGCGGAAGGCGAACAACACCACCUGGAAAGUUCCCAAAGGGCACUGAGCGGCUGCCGCAUGUCGUCGACUGUCGGUCUAAGAUUUAAGUUGGCAUUCGGAACCAGCAUUUCGAUGCUUUCCAUUUGCUGUUUUAAGAUUUUGCCGCACGCGGGUUACGUUAUUCUGAACAAUUGGCUACGAUUUAGGUUCUAAUUUAUUUUUUUUAUUUAAAAAAGUCAAUUAUUUAUCAAAAUCGAUCACAAACUGACAUUUUUGGUUGAUUGAACGUAAUAUGUUAGUGCUCUAAAUUAUCUCAUUUGACCUUGUUAGGCACGCGUUCGUAGGAUCGUAAGUAACUAUAUAAAAAAUUAGUACGUUGGAAGGGUUCGAGCUGAAUCAAUGGGCUAGAACCAGGACGGUGUGUCCGAUCAGAAAUGAUCAUCGGAAGAAGGCGAUAUAACGACUUGUGAAUGUAUUGAUCGUUGAUGUUACUGAUAUCAAUAAAUAGUACACUACACUAAACGUU